AUUCGUUCCAUCUCUCUCUAAAGAUGACUGUUUAGAGUGAGUGAUUCAAUUCUACAACGGUUGUUCUGGUUUUUGUUAUCUUUAUUAUCUCUUUUCUAUGAUCCGGGUUAUAUGAUUUGGUAUUAUGUUUUUGCUGUAUCUUCUUGGGUGCUUUGCGCUCCUGGUUUAUGCACAAGGACCCCAAUAUGACAAAGAUGGGCGACCCUACAAUGCACAAAACUCAGUUUAUGACCAAAAUGUACCUUACGCACAGGAUGGGCCGCAGUAUCAACAACCCCCUCAAGGACCUUUGUACAACCAGGGACCCCAGUAUAAUCUGCAACCAAAUACUCCAGGAAUUUACAAUAAUGACGGUCUGAAUAACGAUAUUUUCUACGAUUUUAAAUGUCCAGAACACUGGGUUAGGUUGUACCAGUCGUGCUAUAGGUUUAUUAGGUCGCCGUUAAGGCCGUAUGAGGAGGCAAGGAGGAUAUGUCAAGCCUUUUCUCCUGACGAUGGCAGAUCGGAUCUAGUCUCAAUUGGUAGUACAGAAGAACAUGGCUUCUUGAUUAAUCAGUUAAAUGCUUUGGAUCCACAACACAGGAGGUGGUAUAUAGGAGCGUUCCAACAGUCGGCUAAUUAUUGGACUAAUGUUGACGGUUCUCAAUUAGUAAAUAUGGAAAAUGCAUUUUUGCCGGUUGCGGAACCCUAUGGAAAAGAUCAUCUUGCGUAUAACUUUUCCGCAGAGUUAAUGCAUUGGGGUUUCCAGCCUGUAAGAGGCGAUGAACAUCUCUUAUUUAUAUGCGAGGCUGAUAUUAGAAGUAUUCAACGACUAGUCGGAGAUGGUCGGACUUACACCUACGGUAUCGAAAUCACUAAUCCCGAGCAAAUCCCAAGAGGUCCUUACUUCAUCCAACAACCAGUUGACGCCACUUUUGAUAGUUCUAAAAAACAAUUAUAUAACGAUAUCAGUUUGAGUUGUCUAGCGGGUGGUUUCCCAACCCCUACAUAUGAAUGGUUCCGCGAAGACUACGAGGUCGACAAACUCAUCGCACGAAGAAUAGACCCUAUCAGUGAUUCUCGCUACACGAUUAGUGGCGGAAUGUUGAUAAUCCACGAACCUGAAGAAAAACGCGACCAUGCGACAUACCACUGUAAAGCUUCAAACAAAUUCGGAACAAUUAUUUCCGAAAGCGUGCAACUCAAUUUCGGUUUUAUCAAAGAAUUCGUUUUGAAACGGUCCCCCGAAUCGGGGGAUAAAAAUUGGGGGAAAGCCAUAUACUGCGAUCCUCCGAAUCACUUCCCUUCAGUUCGUUAUUCUUGGUCACGUGACUAUUUCCCGAAUUUUGUCGAGGAAGAUCGCCGAGUUUUUGUAUCGUAUGACGGGGCUUUGUACUUUUCGGCUUUGGAAACUAUAGACAAGGCGAAUUACAGUUGUAGUGUCCAGUCUGAGUUUUCCGAUUCGGGAAGAAACGGUCCAUUUUUCCCACUGAUGGUCAAUCCUCAUUCUCAUUAUCAGCAACUUAAGUUCCCAAAUAACUUCCCGAAAGCUUUUCCCGAUGCACCUAUCGCGGGGAAGGAAGUGCGUUUAGAGUGUAUGGCUUUUGGAUAUCCUGUUCCGAGUUAUAAUUGGACAAGACGGGGGGCACGUUUACCAAGAUCUGCGGUCUUGUCAAGUUAUAAUAGAGUGUUGACAAUCCCCCAUGUGCAGGUAGAGGAUCAAGGAGAAUACAUUUGCAGGGCAUACAAUGACAGGGCCAGUACUGAAAAUAGUGUUAUUUUGAAUAUACAAGCCGAACCUAACUUCACAAUUCCAUUAGCUGACAGACACGCCGAUAGUAAAAGUGAAUUGGUUUGGACUUGUGAGGCGUUCGGAAUCCCCGAUGUUAACUACACGUGGUGGAAGAACGGACGACAACUAGUCAUGGGUUAUAUGGAUCCUGAAGAACGCGACCGAAUCCGAAUCCAAGACAAUGUAUUGACAAUAAGAUAUCUGGAUCAAGAACGUGAUCCUGGAAUGUAUCAAUGCAGAGCUACAAACUCGCUCAAAACAAAAUAUUCAUCUGCGCAACUGCGCGUUUUAGCUUUUAGACCUACUUUUAAAAAACAUCCUUUGGAGGCUGAAACUUAUGCAGCUGAGGGGGGAAGUGUGACAAUAAAAUGUAAUCCAGAGGCAGCUCCAAAGCCUGAAUACGUAUGGAAGAAAAACGGGAAUGUUAUACAUUCGGGUGGACAUCGAAGAAUUUUAGAAAACGGUAAUUUUGUUAUCAAUACGGUAUCUCGUGAUGAUGAGGGCUUGUACAGUUGCCGUGCAAGAAAUCAAUUUGGAAGCGACGAAUCGAAAGGACGUUUGAUCGUUUUACGGGGGCCACGUUUGAUUGAAAGUUUAACUCCGAAAAUUGUAACGACAGUCGGUCGUUAUUUUGAUUUACGAUGUCUUGCUGAGACUGAAGAAAUGUUAGAUAUUGCGUAUGUUUGGAGUCAUAAUGGAAUUAAAAUCCGUGAUAUAGACAUAAAAAAUAUGAAUUAUCGUUUGCGAAUCGAUGGUGGUUUUCUAUCAGUAACAAAUGCCACAUUUACUGACGCUGGAGAAUACGAAUGCACUAUAAAAUCUACAGUUGGUAAAAUCUCAUCUAGGUCGGUGGUGGUAGUGGAGGGUCCUCCUGGUCCGCCAGGUGGCGUUACAGUUUCUAUUCAAAAGAGUUCGUUUACGUUACAAUGGACCGAUGGUGCGACUCAUGGUUCCCAAAUCCGGGGUUACACCAUUAGUGGUCGUACAAACUGGAACCAGACUUGGAUCAAUAUCAGUUACAUUGUUGAUGUUCGAGAAAUAGACAGAUAUACUGGCCAGAAGGAAGCUAUCAUUGAAAAUGCUUUGACUCCUUGGUCGACUUACGAAUUUCGUAUAGCUGCUUGGAAUUCUAGGGGGAUGGGUCCACCAUCGGCUCCAAGUCCACGUCAUUCAACACCACCAGACAGGCCAUAUAUCUCGCCAUAUAACAUUGGAGGUGGCGGUGGCAAGAUUGGCGAUUUGACAAUUACGUGGUCGCCACUCAGACAAGACGAACAGAAUGGUCCAGGCAUUUACUAUAGGAUAUUCUGGAAACGUAAGGAUCAAGAAGUCGAAUUCCAGACUCAGGAAUUAAAGGAGUUUGGAAAUACUGGAAUGGCAGUAGUGCACAUCCCACCACAGUAUUACUACACUGAAUAUAUAGUUAAAGUGCAAGCUAUUAAUCAAAUAGGUCCUGGACCAAUCAGUCCUGAGCAUGUCAUAUACUCGGCCGAAGAUAUGCCUCAAGUUGCGCCACAAUUGGUUGUUGCAAGAUCGUUUAACUCAACGGCACUUAAUGUGAGUUGGGUACCAAUUGACCAGACAAGAGAAAAAGUCAGGGGCAAGCUUAUCGGACAUCGUAUCAAGUACUGGAAAAAAGGCACCAAAGAGGAGGAAAGUGUUUAUUAUUUGUCACGUACGACAAGGCCUUGGGCUCUUAUCGUUGGUUUACAACCAGACACGUACUACUUUGUCAAAGUUAUGGCAUACAACUCGGCUGGUGAAGGACCAGAAAGUGAACGUUUUAUCGAACGUACAUUCCGAAAAGCACCACAAAAACCACCAUCAUCGGUUCACGUCUUUGGUAUCAAUCCAUCGACUAUCAAAGUGGUAUGGCGGUAUGUCCAACCAUCUUUGGAGGAAGAACCGCUCAAAGGCUACAAGAUUCGUGUAUGGGAAUUCGAUCAAGACAUAAGUACAGCGAAUGACACUAUAAAACCAUUCGGUGGUAAAUUAGAAGCCUAUGUUAGUAAUUUACAGCCUGGUAAAUCCUACAGAAUGCGUGUUCUCGCAUACUCAAAUGGUGGCGACGGCCGUAUGAGUUCUCCUGAAGUUAAAUUCCGAAUGGGUCCACUAGCAUAUUACAGAAGUGCUUGUGAAGAUGUAAAACCAUUUGCAAUAACAAUCGUUAUAGCAUGUCUGCUUCAUUCUCUACUAACAACAUGAAAGUCCAAUUUUUUGUUAUGUUUUUAUUUUGUUUAAUUCGUCUCUAAAAGGCCAUCAUAUUUUAUGUAAUUCUGAUUUAGAUGCUUGAGAUCUGAACUUGUGCCUUAUUAACAGGAUUGCAUCAUGUAAAACGUACCUGUAAUCAAAAAUCAUAUUUUAGCAAUAUUUUUUGUAAUGAGGUGUUCAAAUUUUUUUUGUGCUUGUACAUCAUAAAUCCGUCCAACACAAGGUUGUAAUAUGUUUUUUUAUCUAUAUUAUAAAUAGAACUAUACAGAGUAUCGGUGUAAUUUUUUAAAUAAAUUUUUUUAUAAAA